GCGGCCCGGCUCGAUGUCGGGAGCGCGCUCUGUGUGGCCGCUGCCGCCAUGUUGUUGUGGUUGUGAGAAGGCGGCGGCAGCGGCGGCGGCGGCGGAGGAGCUGCCGGACUAGACGCUCCAGCGGCCCAGGCGCUGCCCGCCGUGGCCCCUGGCUGGGAGCCUCGUGGGGUGGCAGAGGAGGCCGUGCGGAGGCGGGCCUCGCCAUGUCCUGCCGUCCGAUUUCCUUGUGAAACCUAAUAGAAAAAGUUAUUGGGACAAACUUUGUUUGAUGGUUCCAAGAAUCUGGCUCCUGCUACUUUGACGUCGUCUGUCACUCACCACUGCUCCUAAAGAACUUCUGACUGCUGAAGCUCAGGGACCCUAAAAUACCCUCUGUGAAUAGUUUACCAGACCACAGAUGUUGGCUUUCAAGAGACUGAUUUAUUCAGAGAAAAGCAAGUUACUAAAGAAGACUUCAGCAUAAGGGACAGAAGAGACGUGUCAGACAUUGAAGAAGGAACGGGGAUCUCUCCUGAUCUGGGCCUCCUGUCAUGAUUUAUUUAUUUGAAAGGCAGAGAUACAGAGAGAGAGAGACAGAUCUUCCAUCUGCUUGUUCAUUCCCGAAAUGGCCACAGUUGCUGAGGCUGGGCCAAGCUGAAGCCAGGAGCUGCGAGCUUCUUCCGCGUCUCCCACGUGGGGGCAGGGACCCAAGGACUUGGAGCAUCUUCUGCUGUUUUCCAAGGAUGAAGAGACUCGGCACAGCCUUGAGUGCAUCCAGGCCAAUCAAAUCUUUCCCAGAAAGCAGCUGAUCCGAGAGGAUGAUAAUCUUCAGGUUCCUUUCCUUGAACUUCAUGGAGAGAGCACAGAGUACGUGGGCCGUGCUGAGGAUGCCAUUAUUGCCCUUUCUAAUUAUAGACUUCACAUCAAGUUCAAGGAGUCUCUUGUUAAUGUGUCAGUUUUCAACCUUUGAGCAGUGUCAAGAGUGGCUGAAGAGACUAAACAAUGCAAUCCGACCACCUGCUAAAAUAGAAGAUCUCUUCUCAUUUGCUUACCACGCCUGGUGCAUGGAGGUUUAUGCCAGUGAAAAAGAGCAACACGGAGACCUGUGCAGACCAGGGGAACAUGUAACGUCAAGGUUUAAAAAUGAAGUGGAGCGAAUGGGUUUUGAUAUGAACAACGCCUGGAGGAUUUCCAACAUCAAUGAGAAGUACAGGUUAUGCGGGAGUUAUCCACAAGAGCUCAUAGUGCCUGCCUGGAUCACUGACAAAGAACUAGAAAGCGUAGCAAGCUUCAGGUCCUGGAAGCGCAUCCCUGCUGUUGUCUACAGGCACCAGAGCAAUGGCGCUGUCAUUGCCCGCUGUGGACAGCCAGAGGUCAGCUGGUGGGGCUGGCGAAAUGCAGACGAUGAACACCUGGUGCAAUCAGUAGCCAAAGCUUGUGCCUCUGACUCCCGAUCGAGUGGCAGCAAGCUGUCGACCAGGAACGCUGCUCGGGACUUUGCCAGUGGGGGAGACCUUUCAGAUGUGGAGUUUGAUUCCUCUUUGUCAAAUGCUUCAGGAGCAGAGAGUUUAGCCAUCCAACCACAGAAGCUUUUGAUCUUGGAUGCACGAUCCUAUGCAGCAGCUGUGGCAAACAGAGCUAAAGGAGGAGGUUGCGAAUGCCCAGAAUACUACCCGAACUGUGAAGUGGUGUUUAUGGGGAUGGCAAACAUUCAUUCUAUUCGGAGAAGUUUUCAGUCCCUACGAUUGCUGUGUACACAGAUGCCGGAUCCGGGAAAUUGGCUGUCAGCUCUGGAAAGCACGAAAUGGCUCCAUCACCUGUCUGUGCUGCUGAAGUCCGCCCUUCUCGUAGUGCACGCUGUGGACCGCGACCAGCGGCCGGUGCUCGUGCACUGCUCCGACGGCUGGGACCGCACCCCGCAGAUAGUGGCGCUGGCUAAGCUCCUGCUGGACCCUUACUACCGCACCAUCGAGGGUUUCCAGGUCCUCGUGGAGAUGGAGUGGCUGGAUUUUGGCCAUAAGUUCGCUGACCGGUGUGGUCACGGGGAGAACUCCGACGACCUGAACGAGCGGUGCCCGGUGUUCCUGCAGUGGCUCGACUGCGUCCACCAGCUGCAGAGGCAGUUUCCGUGCUCCUUGGAGUUCAACGAGGCGUUCCUCGUGAAACUGGUGCAGCACACCUACUCCUGCCUCUUUGGAACAUUCCUGUGCAACAAUGCCAAGGAGAGAGGGGAGAAGCAUACUCAGGAGCGGACAUGUUCUGUGUGGUCGCUUCUUCGGGCAGGCAACAAGGCUUUCAAAAACCUGCUGUAUUCCUCUCAGUCAGAAGCCGUGCUGUACCCUGUGUGCCACGUCCGUAACCUGAUGCUGUGGAGUGCGGUGUACCUGCCCUGCCCGUCCCCGUCCACCCCUGCGGAUGACAGCUGCGCACCCUACCCAGCUCCAGGCACCAGCCCCGAUGACCCCCCCCUGAGCCGGCUACCAAAGACACGCUCGUUCGACAAUCUGCCCUCAGCCUGUGACAACACGCUGCCUCUGGCCAGCCGGCGCAGCAGCGACCCCAGCCUGAAUGAGAAGUGGCAGGAGCACCGGCGCUCGCUGGAACUGAGCAGCCUGGCCGGCUCGGGAGAGGAGCCCCUCGUGGACGGCCUUGGGAAGCCCAGCAAAGUGCUGGGGGGCGCCGAGCUGUCGGUGGCGGCCGGGGUAGUGGAAGCGCAGAUGGAGAACAUUUUGCAAGAAGCCACCAAAGAGGAGAGCGGGGGAGAGGAGCCUGCUCAUAGGAGGGGCUGCGCCACACAGGAGGACAAAGAGGAGGAGGCGUCCUUAGGAAGGGAGAGCAGGAGGAGGACAGCGGACGGCUCGGCUGUGGUGCCUCACCAAGAACCUGGGCUGGAGGAUGCUGCCCUGAGGAGCCAUGUGGGCGUGAGCCUGUCUCUGCUUGCCCAGGCUGUUCCUGAGCAGCAGGGCGGGCAGAGUGUCCCCCCCAGGUCUCAGCAGGUCCCGUCUGUCCCGUCUGUCCCGUCGGGGCGGGAGGACGCCCAGGAGGCCCGUGUGGAGCAGCCGCAGAUAGCAGACACUACGGAGGGGAGGGAGGAAACCCUUCUUCCGGUCCCAGUAGAUGCAAAAGUCGGCUAUGGUACCUCACAGUCUAGUUCUCUGCUACUUUCCCAAGUCCCACUUGAGACCAGAGGACCAAAUGUGGACAGUUCCAUGGACAUGUUAACAGAAGAGGAGGCGAAGUCAGCAAGUGGGCCCCAAGUGCGUCCCGGACCUUGCCUGGUAAACAGCAGCAAGGACACGGGGCCCGGGCCUUCGCAGGGGAACCUGCUGGAGAGGCCCCAGAUCGGGCCUGUGGUGCACAGGACUCCCCCUGGCAGCACUCUCAGCCCCACGCGUGCCCCUUGUGCCUUGCCUUUAGCUGAAUGUAAAGAGGGGCUUGUGUGCAAUGGGGCCCUAGAGGCUGAAAACAAGGCCUCAGAACUGCCCCCGGGGCUUAGCACGCUCGCCAAGUACCCCACACUCAACGGGCACUGCGCCAACGGGGAGGUUGGUAGGCGCAAGGACGCUCUGAGCCGCCAGCUGUCUGCCGUGAGCUGCGGCUCUGCCCACUUGCACUCGAGGAGCGUGCCCCACAGAUGGCUGCACAGCCACUCCGGGAGGCCGUCUGCAGCCAGCAGUCCCGACCAGCCCUCCCGCAGCCACCUGGACGACGACGGCAUGCCUGUGUACACGGACACGAUCCAGCAGCGCCUGCGCCAGAUCGAGUCGGGCCACCAGCAGGAAGUGGAGACCUUGAAGAAGCAGGUUCAGGAGCUGAAGAGUCGACUGGAGAGCCAGUACCUGAGCAGCUCCCUGCGUUUCAAUGGGGACUUUGGGGAUGAAGUGACUUCAAUCCCCGACUCGGAAAGCAAUCUGGAUCAGAACUGUUUGUCUCACUGCAGCACAGAGAUUUUCUCUGAAGCCAGCUGGGAGCAGGUGGAUAAACAGGACACGGAGAUGACUCGUUGGCUCCCUGACCACCUGGCUGCUCACUGCUAUGCCUGUGACAGUGCCUUCUGGCUCGCCAGCAGGAAGCACCACUGCAGGGAUGCUGACUGUGUUGAUCAGACGUGGAACUGUGGGAACGUAUUCUGCUCCAGUUGCUGUAACCAGAAGGUUCCGGUCCCCAGUCAGCAGCUAUUUGAACCCAGUCGAGUGUGCAAGUCUUGCUACAGCAGUCUACAUCCCACGAGCUCCAGCAUUGACAUUGAACUGGAUAAGCCCAUUGCUGCCACUUCAAACUGAAGCUCAGUGACUCGGGCUGGGCGGAGGCCACGCUGCUGUUUCUCGGACAGACCCACCCGCCUGGGCAGACCAAGAGGCCCGUGCAACCACCUGUGCGGAGUGACGGAAAUUUGGGGUGUUACCACUGGAUUGUAGAUGGGUUUUUCUUUCCUCUUCUCCCCUGGCCCUUUUGCCAUUCUCUCUCUACCUUCAAAAAAGAAGAACGCACCCGUUUUUUUUUUUUUUUUAAAUAGAGUCGGGUGUAAGAUCAGAGGUUGCCAGGCCCCUUCUAACUGCUGAGCCACUGCUGUCAGGGACGCUGAGGGAUUGGCUUGGUUCUUCUGGGUGGGAGGAGCCUAACCACAGUGUAGAGUGGAGGUCUGAGCCCAUGAGCAGGCAGAAAGCCAGUGCUAAUGUUUGUAAGCACGCCUCACACCAGCACCACCACCGCUACCACGCUGGAUGGGAAGCAUCUCCGGCAGGAGUGCCGCCGUCUCCCUCCUGAGUGCUGAGCCAGGCCCGCCUCGCAGACAGCUGAGUAGGAUUGGCAUUCGCGUGGUGGGGCGCCCGGCGAGUGCAAUCCCUCAGGCCCCCUUUGUGAAAGGAGGGCGUGUGCUCCCUUGAGGCAGCGUCACCAGUGUGCUGUCCUGCACGGGGCUCUGCUGUCACCUUCACCCAGACUGUCUCUGGGUCCGUUUACUUUCAGGGGCUGCUUCCCUGGCCUGGGCUGUUGUAGCACGUCCCGCACUCGGGCACGAGAGCGCACACUGGCCAGAACGCAGUGUGUUGCUGCUCUGGCCAAGGCCAAAGCCUGCCCUGAGCCUGGCCGUAGCUGGCAGCCCCCUCCAGAGCAUGGUCUCUCAAACAAUCUCUCUUCCUUGGACAGUACUGGGAAAUCCAGACUCAGGGUUCUAAAAUUCCCCUUCCCAAACCAAACCAAUCAUGGGUCACCCCCGCGAGGGUGGAAUCAGAGUUAGAAGCGUCUGGGAAAGGGAGCAGGGCCCCGCGAUCACUCCUUCUCCUCCUCCCUUCCCAGGGGCCACAGGAAGAGCCAGCUGUCACCCCGCCCUGCUUCUGGCUGCCUGAGCGGCCCUGUGUCUGGCGGCCAGGCAGCAGCAAAGGGCCACCUGGGGACUCUGCGGCGUUCCUGAGAGAGGUGACGUGGUCUGGAGGAGGUUUAGGGCACCUUUCCUCAGUGAGCUUUGCUGUGGUCCAAAAAGAGCCUUAAAUCAAGCGUCCUUGUGUCCUUGUGGCGCGGUGGCUGCGGAGCGGGGCGGGGCUUUGUGCUUGCCGUGCUGGCGUCCGUGUGUUUGUGCCUGCCUUCUCCAGGGGCGGGGCCGUGUGUGGCUCUGCUGAAAGCUGCUAAACGGUGACAGGGCAGACCGGCAAGGGGCGGGGCUGAGGCCAGGGAAACCCCGUAGUCCGUACUCACUUCCCCUUGGGAAGUAGUUCCCUGGCCGGGGCAAGUUGCGUCUCAGGAAGGUGGCACUUGGGUGCCCGUGUGGUUAAGGUGUGGCCCGGAAGCCUUCUCCGGCGCUGUCUGCCCAGAGCCCUCGCGCAGGGCUCCGACGGCUCGCAGCGGCAGGUAGCUCAGCAUCUGAGCUGAGCGGGCCGGGCUGUAGCUUCUCUGCACGCUCUGUGUGGUCUGGUUACGUGACAGGUGCCAAGAGGUUACGAUACGGGUUGCUUGGGUCUGAUGUACAGUGUGAAUAGAUGCUUGCAGCUCUUAGCCCUUUUUUGAUCAAUGAAGCACUUUUUUAUUAAUAUUUUUCUUUGUAUGUAACGGAGGAACUGUAAAUCUCCAUAGCUGUACAUAUAACCCUUUUUCUCCUAAAGAGGAGCCAGUCAGUGCUCCUAUAUUUUUCAUUUUUUUGUCAAAGCGAGAAGUAAAUACUUUAGAAUUGUUAAAUAUAUAAAUAAAGCGAAUAAAGGUGAGUGUUUGGCAUGGUA